AUGUCCACUGUUACAGUUAGCUACAAUUUCAGUCAAUUUCGAGUCAAAGUGACUCCUAGUAUGGUGCUUAACGAUGUACUGUCUCAAAGUCUUCAACACUUUAGAUUAUUACAAGAAGGUGGUAGUGGAAAAUGGGGGCUUACCCACAACGACAAGCCUGUGGAAUUGGAUCUACCCUGGAGAUUAAUGAAUCUACCUACUGGCGUCAAGUUAGAACUAAAACCCUUGAGUGAUGAUGGUGGCGAUAAAAUUAUAAAAGUUAGGGUACAAGCGCCAGGUUAUAGUGCUAAAGUGGAAUCUGUUAGUAUCAAUGCAAACUUGAGAACAUUUUUACAGCAACUGUCAGAAAGUGCUAAUUGGCCCAUUCAAGAUCCUGGUGCUAAAUUGCAGUUCUUCACCAAGACGAUACCUAUAAGCGAACUGAAUGAUCAAACAUUGAAAUCCUUGGGGAUCAUGGAAUCUCUGUCAAUACGAUUAAUAUUUCCAUCUUCAACAACGACAGACGCUAGUGCAAGUAUGCCAAUACCAGCUGGAACAACUCCCGCAAGAGAACAAGAGGAUACACACAGGAAAGUGGAAUCGAGGAAAAUCCACCAAUUACAUCAGGUUUCCGCAUAUAUCCCCUCUGAAAAGACUAUCGCAUCUCAAUUAAACAUUCAAGAAGAGAAUGAUGAUCCUGAAUUGACAGUUGCACAUGCAAGAAGGUACCAACAGAUGGUUCUAAGACAGACUGGUGGGCUUGGUGGACCUAUGGUUCCCAGAAGGAUUAAGGAACAACAAGAGGCAGCAGCUGCUAGAAGGAAGUUGGUCGAAGAGUGUCUUGUUAGAGUUAGAUUUCCAGAUCGUACGCACAUCGAAGUUGCUUUUAAAAAUGACGAUACCAUGUCUACCAUUUACCAGAUCAUUUCAAGCAGUCUUUUGAACGAACAACUGCAAUUUAAACUCUAUCAAUCACAUCCACAUGUUGAGUUACCACCAAGCGAUCAAAAAUUGGUAGAAGAUUUAGAAUUCGGAUCUAAAACUUUACUACUUUUCGAAUCAAACGGCAAAGGCCCUUUCUUAAAGGGUAGCAUUUUAAAGGAUGCAAAGGAUUUAGCAGAUGCUGAGGACGUGAAGUUAGAUAGAUCUGAUAAAGUCGAAACCAAUGACCAGGCUGAGAAACAGGAUUUAGAACCGGCCCAACCCGAACCCAAGAAGUCAACACCGGGCAAGUACCCAAAGUGGUUAAAAUUGAGUAAAAAAUAG